UUAUAAGCGCGUUAUCUGCGCUGAUAAACGAGCUGCGCUUUGCGUCGCAUCGCCGAGUGUUCCACCCCCGACCCGAGCCAAACCGAGGCGUGUCGAGUUUCACCGAAUCGCGUUGCUCCGGAGAGAUCCUCGCAAAAUUCUCGCGGAUUUCCGGGCAGCAAGAACUCGCGGUUAGGAAUCGUUAUCGUAUCUGGUGGUGUUCCGACGAUCGGAAAUCGAUUGGUCACUCGACUUGGCGAGAACCGACGUAAUCGGAUGCGAAUCAUGGGGUUCUCGUUCCUCGUACCCUUGCUGGCUCUGUGCUUGAUCCAGCCGCUGACGGUUCAUUGCGGGACACGACCGAGUUUCGUCUCUGACAAGAUGAUCUCGACCGCGGCGAGUGUUGUGAACGCUUGUCAAACGCAGACAGAAGUAGCGACAGUGGACAUUGAGGCGGUAAGGAACGGUGUGUGGCCCGAGACACACCAGUUGAAGUGUUACAUGUACUGCCUCUGGGAACAAUUCGGCCUGGUCGACGACAAGAGAGAGCUCAGUUUGAACGGCAUGCUCACGUUCUUUCAAAGAAUACCAGCGUACAGGGCGGAGGUCCAGACCGCCAUCAGCGAAUGCAAGGGGUUGGCGCAAGGCGACAACUGCGAGUACGCGUACGUGUUCAACAAAUGCUACGCGUCUCUGUCCCCGCGGACGUACUACUUGUUUUAAUGGGCAGAACGGGAGAAACAAAUAAAACGAGAUGAAAAAAAAACGACGCACGCAAAGAUGGUUCGUCGAACGCCCUGAAACCUGUGUCCAGUAAUUUUUCACUUUACCAUGUAACGGAACUGUACCUGUUUCGAUGUAUACGGCCCUUCCCACGAGACGCCAAUAAAAUAAAACGUCUGAAUCA